UGUCGCACUGCCGGAAGACGGUGUUGCGCUUUGCGGCGCGGGCGCCCCUGAGAAGAGGCUGGGAAGCCCCGUUCGGCCUUUUCCCGGUGCCGCCGCUGAGGGGAGGGAGACAGUCAUGCCGGCCAAGGGUCCCCUGCAGAGCGUCCAGGUCUUCGGGCGGAAGAAAACAGCAACUGCUGUUGCCCACUGCAAGAGAGGAAAUGGCCUCAUUAAGGUGAAUGGAAGACCUCUGGAAAUGAUUGAGCCCAGAACUCUGCAGUAUAAACUGUUUGAACACUGCUUAGAGAAUCUAAAACUGACUAGAGAACUAAAAAGUAUAAUAGUGGAGAAAACCACCUACAAAUUACUUCAGGUCUUCAAUUUAAUAAACUUGAUUUAUUUUUCUGAUGUAGUUAAUGGCAUUGUACUUAGAACUAUUGCCUUGCUCUUAAUUCCUGUGUGCAUAUGCUUUGCUAUUAAGAUUUCUGAAACUUUAAAAAAAAAAUAAUUCAAGACUUCAGUAAAUAUUUUAUAACAGCAGUAGUAAAUGUUAAAGAGCUCUGCAAGAGAUGUAGUUAAUUUGGGCGUGCGCUUGUAAAAUCAAGGCUCUGUUUUUCAGAACAUUCAAUAACUUCACUUUUGGUAAACCUACUACAAGCUCUGAUCUUUGUAGUUUCUGAUCACAAAUGAAUUUUCUUUCUGUGUUUUGUUUUCCAGCUGCUUGAACCUGUCCUCCUCCUGGGGAAGGAACGGUUUGCUGGGGUUGACAUCAGAGUCCGUGUAAAGGGU